UUACACGUUCUGAGCGCCGCGUCUCUGCUCCUCCUGCUCGGUGUGGUUAAACAGCAGACAGCGGGGCUGAACUCGAAGCACAGAAGGCGGUGCGACGGUGCUUUGGCCUCGGUGUGAGCGGCUAACUUACGGCGACACACAAACAAACGGCUUGUGGAAGCAGAGGAGGUAGUGUUACCUCCCCUUUGGGUUUUUAAAAAUUAUAUAGAGCGAAGAUGGCGACCGGCUCAGAGCGCAGUCCUCCUCCGUUCCCGGAUUCCGAGGACCAAGAUGCUCUGGAUUCUGAAGAAGUCCGAGCCCGGGACAGCGACGAGGACGACGGGGAGGAACUUUUCUUGAGCGCGACCAAUACUCCCAUGGCCAAAAAGGAGAACACGUCUGCACCUGCCAGUCACUCCGUUGACCUCAUGAGUGACCCUUUGAUUGAGCCCCUCAGCAGCCAAACAGAAAACAAAUCCCCCUCCGAGCUUUUUGAGGACCUAACAAACGACAUAAACAUCACAGCAGAAGGUGCCAGUACAGCAGAGAACCCUUUUGGUGAGGCCUCGGAUGAUUUUGUUGACAUUCUGGGAAGCAAAGCUCCAGAGGAAGUAGAUGUUACUGUUGAAGCAACAGCAGAUAAGGGUGACGUGAGCGGUGGUGCAACGGAAUUAUUUGGUGAUGGAAAAACGAGAAGUGCUGUACAGGAACCAACUUCCACUGCUCCAGUUAUGGACCUCAGCGACAAUUUGUCAGCCAGCGCCUUACAGCUGCCACCUGGCAGUGCAAAAAUCCCCAACCCUCUGGUGGACCUCCUGGGGGAUUCUCCUGCCGCAUCUGAUGCCCAAAAACCCAGCGGGGCAGUGACUGACCUCUUUGACGAUGAGGGAAGCGACAUUUUCACCGGACCCCUGCCUAGUAAAUCCGCCAAGCAGCCUCAGAAAAGCCUCUUUGGCGAAGCCAACGAGGACCUGUUCGGUGAGCCCCUGGGGGCUGUCUCAAAGAAAGCCACCAGUAAGGAGCAGAAGGAGAAACCCGCCAGAGCUGCAGCUGCUGGGGGGCACCAUUCAGGUGGAAACCCUGCAGAGCCUGGUGACAUCUUCUCCGAGGUGGCAGUCAGCGCAUUGCCAAACGCCAGAAACACCAGAACCAAUGGAGUCCACUCUGAAGAGGACUCUGAUAUAUUUGGUGAAGCCACAGUGGAGCUUUCUCUGGACAGUCCGAGGAACGAGAGAAGGAAAGAGGCGACGACCAAACCUGCUUCUGCCUCCACGUCUGUGUCAGCCAGCCUUGCCAAGCCACAGUCGGCUGCUCUGGAAGAGCUGGAAGAGGAAGAGGAACUUGAAGAUAAAGUUGACAUUUUUGUCUCCGUCAAAGACCCUGAAAAAAUAGGGGAUGGGAUGAACGCCUACAUGGCUUAUAAAGUAUCAACACAGACCACUCUGCCCAUGUUCCGCAACAAAACUUUUACCGUGAGGCGACGCUUCAGCGACUUCCUCGGCCUCUACGAGAAGCUGUCCGAAAAACAUGGACCAAACGGAUUGAUUGUGCCUCCGCCUCCAGAAAAAAGCCUCCUAGGGAUGACAAAAAUGAAGGUAGGAAAGGAAGAUUCCUCAUCAGCAGACUUCCUUGAAAGGAGAAGAGGUGCUUUGGAAAGGUAUCUCCAGAGAGUGGUGAAUCACCCAAUGCUUCUACAAGAUCCUGAUGUCAGGGAGUUUCUGGAGAAGGAGGAAUUGCCCAGAGCUGUCAGCACCCAUGCGCUGAGCGGGGCUGGAUUCCUUAAAAUGCUCAACAAAGCAACAGAUGCCGUCAGUAAAAUGACCAUCAAGAUGAACGAGUCGGAUGUGUGGUUUGAGGAGAAACUGCAGGAGGUGGAAUCUGCAGAUCAGCAGUUUAGGAAGCUCCACGCGCUGGUUGAGUCGCUCGUCAUUCACAGAAAAGAGUUGUCACUAAGCACAGCAAGCUUUGCCAAGAGCGCGGCCAUGCUGGGCAGCGCAGAGGACAACACCGCUCUGUCCCGAGCCCUCUCUCAGCUGGCGGAGGUGGAGGACAAGAUCGAGCAGCUACACCAGGAUCAAGCUGCAAACGACACCUUCAGCUUUGCAGAACUGAUCGCAGAUUUCAUCCGCCUGCUGGGAGCAGUCAGGGGAACAUUUGAUCAGCGGAUGAAGGCCUGGCAGCGCUGGCAGGACGCUCAGACCAUCCUGCAGAAGAAGAGAGAGAUGGAGGCCAAGCUGCUGUGGGCCAACAAGCCGGACAAGCUGCAGCUGGCCAAGGACGAAAUCACUGAGUGGGAGGCCAAAGUGACUCAGUAUGAGACAGACUUUGAGAAAGUUUCUACAACUGUGCGCAAGGAAGUAAUCCGCUUCGAGAAAGAAAAGACGAAGAAUUUCAAGAGACAGAUAAUUGAAUAUCUGGAGUCUCUGCUUCAGUCUCAGCAACAGCUGAUCAAGUACUGGGAGGCGUUCCUACCCGAAGCAAAAGCCAUUGCCUAGUGGCCCACCCUCCAAACGACAAACAGGCUGCCUUCUUUAUACACUUUACCUCUUUUUGCCUUUAAAACAAGAAAACAAAUGUGUGCAUUGAAAAGAGAAAUACAAUGAACUUUUUUUUUUCUUUUAAACAAUCAUCCUUAACAUAUAUCUCUGUAUUCUAUUGUAUUAAUAACUGUCAAUUUUCAUUUACCCUUCCACAAUAUUUUCUUACUAGAGCAAAGAGUACGAAACGAUAGAAAUGAAAAGAGAAAAAAAUUUAGCCACAUGAUUCUAUUCAUUUUUACAUGUGAAACUGGAAACAACCGGAGCAGGAUGCGCUCAGUAGCGCCCUCUCUGGGUGAUGAGGAGCUCCUUCCAAUCAGCAGCGUUCAAUGUUGCCUCUCUCAACAGAGGUCGCUGCUGCAGAAGGUGGCCAAUAGUUUCACUCUGUCUCUUGCUUGUAAUAAUGAUUCAAAAGGGAUUAAAUAACAUUUUUGAGCACUUCUAGCCGCUGGAUUAUCUUCCUCGAGUACCAGCCAGGUUAUUUUUCUUAAGUGGGGGGACAAUACGGGUUACAUGUCAUGUAUGUGGGUUCCAUGUGUUCAGUGGGAUUUAAGUCAUGCAAAAUCAUGUGUCUGUGCCUUUUUAUAUCUGGAUAUGAUGCCAGUUUGAUAGAAUUUUGUAAACAGGUGUGAGCCGAGCAGAGGCUUUGUUGCACUUCUAGUAAAGAAAAGAAGAAAAAAAAAACCAAACUGUUCACCUGGGAGUUCUGAUUGAAAGUCUGCUGUGUACAUGUGAAACAGGUGAGCGUGUCUGAGCUGAUGCCAUGUCAGAGUCCACCUUGGAGACAGCAAUGCUCUUCAGGAUCAUUCACUUGUUUAUGGCAGUCUUAGCAAGUUAUUACAUGAUGCAGUCAUGGAAGGAAAUGCCUCAAAAGUACCUGGUAGGGAAGCCCGUUUGUCUCUGCUUACAGGGAAAUAUCUUGGCUCAGUUCUGUUUAUUCCUUUUUGCAGUCCUCUAUCACACCAGAUGGGCUGCUCUCACAUGUUACUGUGUCAUAAAAAAUAAGUCUCACUGGUGGAAACAAAUAGAGGCUUCAACGGUAAAAGGGGGAGUUUCUUGGGUGUUUGCAGUGCAGAGACCUCCUCCUCCUGAUUGAAAACGUGAUCAAAAUGCACCAAAAUCGAAAGAAAAAUCACUUCAAAGUCAGUGAUUUGCUGCUUCAGGUUAAAUUUCCACUUAGAUUUUAGGAAAUAAAAUUCCAAAAAGUUGAAUCAUCUGUUACAGAUGAAGUUAUGGAGGGAUUUUUGAAUCACUCUUUGCAACACCAUAACAUUGAUGGAGAGUUCUACUUGUUUUCCAGGAGCACAUUUUAGUAAAACCGUUCAGAUUCAAACCACCAGGAACUGUUUUGAUUGCUGUGACAAAAUCCAGAGAGAAACAGGACUGGAGCCAAAAGAGUGUUGAUUGUCUUUCUCGACUAACAACGUAGGCAAUCAGUUAUUUAGCUUUUGUUUAGUUCACCAUGAAAAAGAAUAGGCAAUCAGUUGGAGUCAACUGGUCAGGAGGAAUGGUGAGGUGUGAAACUGAUGGCGCAACUUAACAUCAUACAGUUCAUAUAAGGAUGUCAAGAACGUAAUUUGAAGUAUUACCUGGUCCGUGUCACUGCUGUUUCUGCUUUAAAGUCACGUUUCUUCACAGGAAAACUUCGAAGUGACUUUUCUACUAUUUUCUCAUGGAAGUUCCUGUAAUGUCCUGGGAUUUCUUUGGUUUAUUCUUUUUCUCUUUCAACCUGUAACCCUUUUUUUUUUUACUUACAUGUUUUUCCACCACAUUACUAAAAUUGUCUGAAUGGCCUCCCACUCUGUCACUAAUGUAAUGUCAGGACAUAGCACUGUGUCAUAGUCCUUUAAAAGCCAAUCAAUAAAAGUUGCACUGUUAACUCUAGGAAAUGUCUUAAAGACA